CAAAUACACAGAGCGAUGAAGUGCGUUGUUUACGCCUACGCUAGGUUGAAGAUGGCUGCUGGAGACAACAGCGGCAGGCCUCCUUGCCUUAAUUUCUCCGGCCCGGGUCCUUUGGGGAACAGCCAGCCAAGCAACAGCGUUUUCUCCAUGCCAGCAUCCAACGGCGGUGCCGUCGCUGCAGCCGGGGGAGCUCAGGGGACGGCGAGGCGUCCCAACCCGCAGUUGGGGCCUGGUGGGGGAGACGGCAACGGUGUUUCGAGCGGAGCUCCGCCGACUGCGCAGAACUCCCUGCAGCAGCCCGCUGCGGCAGCUGCUGCGGCAGCCGGAGCGAUGGCCACCCCGGCGUCCAACAUGGCAUCCACCGCAGCGUCCAACGCGUCGCUGGCGGCCGCACCGACCUCCACUCCGGCUGCUGCGUCCGUACUCGUCUACCGGGAGCCCGUCUACAACUGGCAGGCGACGAAGAGCACCGUGAAGGAGAGGUUUGCCUUCCUCUUCAACAACGAGGUGCUCAGUGACGUUCAUUUUUUAGUGGGGAAAGGGAUGGGAGUCCAGAGGAUACCUGCGCACAGGUUUGUUCUGGCUGUGGGCAGUGCGGUGUUUGAUGCGAUGUUCAACGGAGGGAUGGCGACGACUUCCACGGAAAUUGAGCUUCCAGAUGUGGAGCCAGCUGCUUUUCUGGCCCUGCUAAAGUUUCUGUACUCUGAUGAGGUCCAGAUCGGCCCGGAGACGGUGAUGACCACACUCUAUACAGCUAAAAAGUAUGCGGUGCCAGCCCUGGAGGCCCACUGUGUGGAGUUCCUCAAGAAGAACCUGAGAGCAGACAAUGCAUUCAUGCUGUUGACACAGGCACGGCUGUUUGAUGAGCCUCAGCUCGCCAGUCUUUGUUUAGAAAACAUUGACAAGAACACUGGAGAUGCUCUUGCUGCAGAAGGCUUUACAGACAUUGAUUUGGAUACAUUGGUCGCUGUGUUGGAGAGGGACACUCUUGGCGUGAGGGAGGUGCGUUUAUUUGGAGCUGCAGUGCGUUGGGCUGAGGCUGAGGCUCACAGGCAGCAGCUGCAACCAACACCAGAGAACAAACGCAAAGUACUGGGAAAAGCACUCACACUCAUCCGCUUCCCCCUCAUGACCAUCGAAGAGUUUGCUGCAGGUCCAGCCCAGUCCAGCAUCCUCACUGACAGGGAGGUGGUAAGUCUCUUCCUGCAUUUCACAGUGAAUCCAAAGCCUCGUGUAGACUUUAUCGACCGGCCUCGAUGCUGCCUACGGGGGAAGGAGUGCAGCAUCACGCGUUUUGGGCAGGUGGAGAGCCGCUGGGGCUACAGCGGGACGAGUGAUCGCAUAAGGUUCUCUGUAAACAGAAGGAUAUUUGUGGUUGGGUUUGGCCUGUAUGGCUCCAUACAUGGACCCACUGACUACCAAGUCAAUAUACAGAUCAUCCACACAGACAGCAACACGGUGCUGGGUCAGAACGACACAGGCUUCAGCUGUGAUGGGUCAGCCAACACCUUCAGGGUCAUGUUCAAGGAGCCAGUGGAAAUACUACCUAACGUCAACUACACUGCCUGUGCUACACUUAAGGGUCCAGAUUCUCAUUAUGGGACUAAAGGAAUGCGGAAAGUGACGCAUGAGUCAUCGUCCACUGGCACAAAGACCUGUUUCACCUUCUGCUACGCGGCAGGCAACAACAAUGGCACUUCUGUAGAGGACGGACAGAUUCCUGAGGUCAUUUUUUACACAUAGUCACCUCAGUCAUAGCAGAAAUCAUCCAUUAAAUGUGACGACCUGACACCAGCGCGGGGCCACACCUCCGCAGCCGUACAGGGGACUGAUCUGUCAGACAUCAUACCGUUCCCUCCAUAUAGUGCACUACUGCUGGCCACGUGGGAAGACAAGUAGCUUUGAGGGGACGUAGGUCACUAGCUUGUCAUUUGAGACACGCUCUCUCUCUCUCUCUCUCUCUCACUCACUCACUCACUCACUCUCUCUCUCUCUCUCUCUCUCUCUCUCUCUCUCUCUCUUUCUUUCUGAGCGGCUUCCUUUCUUGCUGUAGUGAUGCCAACCUGUAAAAUGGACAUGACUGUAAUGGAGAGGGAGGGAGCAGCCUCUCAGAAAGUAUCCAUGUCACCGCUGUGGAUUAAGGCUUGACACUAAAUUUUACUUAAGCUUUACGGUUCCCCUCCUGCAAUCCAGACCAUUAGUGCGAAGGAGAGGUGUAUCUGUAUGAAUGUACAGCUCUGCCUCGUCGUUGUUCAAUAGAGACCAGUAUUUCACUUAAUUCCACAUCUGAUAUAGCUUCCAUGAACUCACAGGCCUCACAGGCUUUGUAAACUCUUAGCGAAUCUAACGCAAAUGUCAUAAUUAAUCUUAAAAAUAUGACCAUAAAAGGAACUUUCAAUUUUUACGUACUGUACAACUGUGAUAUCUUGUGUCGCUUGGUAGUUCUCAAUACCCAGAAUACUUUGCACUUCAUUGCCUUGCAUAUGUUCAUUUGGUUGUUCUAUGGAUGCACACUAACUCUGCAGAUACAUUUCUUUUAAGCUUUGUUUUCAAAAGUGUGUGGAAGAGCUUUCCCUCCUGGUGCAGAAUAAAGGAUUGUAUAUUAAAGUGGCAUUUAAUAACAUUAUAUAUGUAACUUGAAAAGAAUAUUGAUUAAAGAGUGAAAAUGUAA